GGCAGAGCGGCAGGAAGGAUGGGCGAGCGUUGCUGUGCGGCGGUGGUGCGGGUGCUGGUGCUGCAGGCGGCCUGGGCGCUGUCGGGCGGGCAGGUGCGCUACUCGGUGCCGGAGGAAGCCAAGGCCGGCACGGUGGUGGGCCGUCUGGCGCAGGACCUGGGCCUGGAGGCGGGCGAGGCGGAGGCGCGGCGGCUGCGGCUGGUGGCGCCGGGCCGGCGGGCGAGCGUGGAGGUGAGCGGGGCGAGCGGCGCGCUGCUGGUGAGCUCGCGGCUGGACCGGGAGGAGCUGUGCGGCAAGAGCGCGCCGUGCGCGCUGCGCCUGGAGGUGCUGCUGGAGCGGCCGCUGCGCGUCUUCCAUGUGCAGCUGGAGGUCACCGACAUCAACGACAAUGCCCCCGUCUUCCCCGCCGCCCGGAAAAACCUCAGCAUCGCAGAGUUAUCUACAAUGCCCGGGUCUCGUUUCCCGCUGGAGGGCGCGUCGGAUGCGGAUAUCGGAGCGAACGCUCAGCUCACCUACGCACUCAGCCCCAGCGAUCACUUUAGAAUUGAGGAAGAAAACAGUAACUCUCGGAGUAAGUCCCUGUUUCUGGUACUCACGAAAUCUCUGGACCGCGAGACGAUUCCCGUGCACCGGUUGGUGCUGACAGCAACUGACGGGGGCCGGCCGUCUUUGUCGGGCACCAUGGAGCUGGUGAUCUCCGUGCUGGAUGCAAACGACAACGCUCCUCAAUUCAACCAGUCUGUGUAUAAUGUACAUUUGACGGAAGACGCCAUACAAGGGACGCUAGUGUCGCGAAUGAAUGCCACGGAUCUGGACGAAGGAAGUAAUAGAGAUGUGAGAUAUGAAAUUGAUACUGUUGUUCCUCCCUCUGGCUCAGAUUUAUUCAGCAUUGAUGCGAACACUGGGGAGAUCAGAUUGACGGGCGCCUUGGACUUUGAAGUAGUUAAUUUAUACGACCUAAAUAUUAGGGCCACAGAUAAAGGGACGCCUCCGCUGUCAGGGCACUGCAAAGUGGUGCUGGAGGUGUUGGACGUGAACGACAACGCGCCGGAGGUGUGGGUGACGUCGCUGUCGGUGCCGGUGCCCGAGGACGCGUCGUUGGGGACGGUGGUGGCCCUGCUGAGCGUGUCGGACCGGGACUCGGGCGAGAACGGUCGCGUGCGGUGCUGGGUGUGGCCGGCGUCGCCGUUCGGUCUGGAGGCGACGUUCGCGGGCUCGUACUCGCUGGUGCUGCGCGAGGCGCUGGACCGGGAGCGGGUGUCGGAGUACGAGGUGGAGGUGCGUGCGGAGGACGGCGGGGCGCCGGCGCUGCGCGCCAGCCGCGGGCUGCGGGUGCCGGUGUCGGACGUGAACGACAACGCGCCCUUGUUCGCGCAGGCCGUGUACACGGUGCUGGCGCGGGAGAACAACGCGGCGGGCGCGGAGCUGGCGCGGCUGUGGGCGCGGGACCCGGACGAGGCGGCCAACGGGCGCGUCAGCUACUCGGUGUGGGACGGCGGCGUGGGCGUGGGCGGCGGCGGGGCCGCGGGGUCGUCGUCGGGUGGCGUUGGGUGGCGUCCGGCGUCGAGCUACGUGUCGGUGGACGCGGAGAGCGGGCGUCUGUGGGCGCUGCAGCCCUUGGACUACGAGGAGCUGCAGGUGCUGCAGUUCGAGGUGCGCGCGGUGGACGCGGGGGAGCCGCCGCUGAGCGGCAACGCCACGGUGCAGCUGUUCGUGCUGGACGAGAACGACAACGCGCCGGCGCUGCUGCCGCCCGCGGGCUCGGCAGCGGAGGCGGGCGGCGUGGCGGCGGCGGAGGCGGCUUUGUCGCUGUCGGGGGCGGGCUCGGAGUCGGGCACGCUGUGGGCGUGGGCGGCGUGGGGGGCGCCGGCGGGGCAGGUGGUGGCCAAGAUCCGCGCCGUGGACGCCGACUCGGGCUACAACGCGUGGCUGCGCUACGAGCUGUGGGAGCCGCGGGGCAAGGGCCCGUUCCGCGUGGGGCUCUACAGCGGCGAGGUGAGCACGGCGCGGGCGCUGGACGAGGCGGACGGACCUCGCCAGAGGCUGCUGAUCGUCGUGCGCGACCACGGCGAGCCGGCGCGCUCGGCCACAGCCACGCUCAGCGUGUCGCUGCUCGAGGCCGCCGAGGCGGCGCUGGCCGCGGGAUCCUCGUCGGCGUCGUCCUCAGCGGUGUCGCGCUCGGCGGCGGGCGUGGAGCUCGGGGCCGGGGCGGCGAGCGCGGCCACCAACGUGUGGCUGGUGGUGGCCAUCUGCGCCGUGUCCAGCCUCUUCCUGCUGGCCGUGGUGCUGUACGGGGCGUCGCGCUGGGCGCCGCGGGCGGCCGUGCUCUCGGCGCCCGGGCCCACGACGCUCGUGUGCGCCAGCGAAGUGGGCAGCUGGUCCUACUCGCAGCGCCACAGCCGCAGCCUGUGCGUGGCGGACGGCGCUGCCAAGAGCGACCUCAUGGUUUUCAGCCCCAACUUCCCUCCGCCGCCGCCCGCUCCUGCAGCCAAGGACACGCAGCCGGAGCCCUCCGCUCUCCUCGACACGGUCAGUGGCAAUACCUUGUUCGCCUCUCGCUGUUUGGUUUCUUCUCCGCCCAUUCUCUCCCGUCCCCUGGGUAUUUCCUGCUUGCAGCGAGGCUCCGCCCCCGCAGAUUGA